GCAAAACCAUCCAUUGGGAUCGGAUCGCACCACACGAUGUCCCAGAAUGCCGUUCAGGGCAGGCGAAGACCGCAUCGGAAGUCAAGAAAUGGCUGCAAAGAAUGCAGAAGACGCCGCAUCAAGUGUGACGAGACCAGGCCACGCUGUCUUGCGUGUGAGCGGUAUGACCAUGACUGUGUCUACAAAGACCAAUCGGAAACCGUAAAUGUCACUGCCUCGCCGUCCACUCCGGCCGAAUCACCGGCUGCACCUCUCGACAACGACGGCAUCACUCUCAGCGCAAAUGACCUUUACCUUCUGCAUCAUUGGACUCGCGUGGGAAGUCGCAGCAUCGAUGCAUCUCCAAAAGGACAUGAUUUGUGGCAAGACAUUUUCCCUCGGAUCGGUUUCAAACACCACUUCGUCCUCCACGCCAUUCUGAGUUUAUCUGCUCUGCAUCUGGCUGACCAGGAGCUUGUCGCACGGACUUCUCACUAUUGGCAUGAUGCGGUGUACCACCACGUGGAAGCAUUGCGCGAUUUUCACAAAACCAUGCACCGCAUACCAGAGCUUUCGGUGGAGCUCUGUGAAGCAUUGUUUGCUUGCGCGACAAUCAAUGUUGUCAUAGUAUUGUGCAUGAACUUCCGCUUCGGCAAGGAAAGCGACGAUGAUGUUGAGCAGCGUGUACUAGGCCCCACCUGGAUUCCGAUGGUUAGAGGCGUGCAGGUAUUGCUGGAGCCAACUUACGACCGUGUGCGAUCAGGCCAUCUAGCCCCUGUUCUGAACUAUGGAGACUGGGACGAGCUGGAUCCUGAAUGCAUCGCAUGGCCCGGAGACGAACAUUUACGCCAUCUAUCCACCGUUUGGACUGAUGACACCGACCACGAGUUGUAUGAUGAAACACUGUACAAUCUGCGCAAGAGCUUCGCAUUUACCAUGCGACCUGGCUCAACACAAGAACCGAUCGCCGACUGGAGUGAACACAAGGGGUCAGCAGGUCCACUGCUGUGGGUGUACUCGACAUCGGAGACAUUCUUCUCGCACCUGACGGAGAAGAGACCGGCAGCGCUCUUACUCUUUGCCUAUUUUGGUGUUCUGUUGCACCACUUAGACGUCCAAGGACAUUGGUGGGUUAAGGGCGGCGGUCAAGAAAUCGUGGCUGUUGUGGACGACCUAUUGUCGAAGUCUUCUUGUACGGUCUGGAUGGAGUGGCCGAGGAAAGCUGUUGACCAAGGCAUAGUUCCUGGUAGCUAAGGUGCUGCCUACGAACCAGUUGGUGUACACAAAGGGAUGGGUCCCGACCUCAAGCAACGUGGCCCGUCCACCGCACCGAGCUAUCGAUGCCAGUGUUGGGCUUCGCAGAUGCUCCCACCGGGUCAAUGGAAAUCAUGACCGGGUGAGAUGGAAGAAGUGCACUUUAGGCCGGAUCGACUCGACGCGAAGUAUUGCCAUUCGAUCUCGCAUCCUUAUGAUCUUGGAGACAACAUGCAAUUUACUGAUCGAAAACACCCAAC